GCAUGGCGAUGGCACAAGCACACCUGGAUUGCCACUAUGUUUGCUUUCGUGACCGGUUAUGCGGAUAUCGUCAGUCUAAUACGGUACCGGGCAUUCGCGAGCAUGCUGACCGGUAAUGCCAUCAUGCUCGGCAAGUCCGUUAUGACCAACCUUUCAGCUAGCGAUCAUGGUCCGUGGUACUACGUGUUCAUAUGCUUGUCCUUCUUUGCCGGCUCUAUUCUGCAGCGCCUUUGUGAGCACUACUUCCCAAACAGAGGAAGCAGCAUUGCUGCAGUGCCCCUUGCCGCCAUUGUGGUCAUCGCUGAGUCUGUUGAGAUUCUUACCAGCCCGAACAUGGACAAGGGAGACAUCUACCAAGAUUGGACAGUGGCAGGUGUUGCGCUACUCUUUGGCGUGGUAGCCUCUGCCUGCAGCACUGGCCGCUUAGGAACCCACACCACGAUGGUCACUGGCCAUGUCUUGAGUUUGGCAAAUUUCAUUUCCAGCUGCAUAGUCAACGGCAGUGUGAAAGCAGAGGAUGGCUGGAAAGCUGCACAGAGUAUGUUGGUCGUAGUUGGUACGCUUGCUGGAGCACUUUUCGGCGGGCUUCUGGUUAAGAUUGUGGACGUCUACGUGCUCCUCAUCCCAGUUCCAAUCGUGCUCUACAUCCUUUUGUGGCUGCACGACCACUUGGCAAAGCCCAGGUCCAUCAUCAAGAAUGUACAGCGCAGGAUGCGAGCUUCUGCCGAAGCACCUUCAGAAUCUGUGGAGAAGACGUCGGAGGAGUGCACGGCCAGCGGCGAUGAGAGCAGUGAGAACUCCUCCAGCGCGCAUGUUUAG